AUGACCCCUCCUCUUCCACAAUCUCCUCCCUCGGUCUCUCAUAAUCUCGUGCAGUCGUCGAAUUCCACCGCCAGCAUUUUUCUCGGUGGCGUGCGGAGGUCAUGGAUGGCACCGACCUCCACGACUCAACUUCCGCUACAACCCUCCCCUCCAGCCUCCUUCUCCUCUGCUCCGGUGUCUGUUCCGGCGCCUGCACCUGAUCGUGGGUCGCAUCCCCUGCCUCAGCAUAAUCCCACGCCAAGUCGGCCGCCUGAACAUACACGCCGGAAUGCAGGCCAACUCGACGACCAAACUUCCCCGACGACCACCACGAGUCCUUCUCGGCAAUUAUUAUCGUCACUCAAUACAUCCGUGGGCGUGUCCUGGAGUGAUCCUCCCCGAGCAGUUCCAGCGUCGACUCCUCUCCAACAUCAGACAGCACAAUCCGUCCCUACAGCGCCCUCCACUAUUGCAUACCCCGUGUCUCAGUCCAUGACCAUACCUCAUGCGCCCGCGAUUAGCACAGUCGUCCGGAGUGGCCCCAGUCCGUCUGGUGCUCCUGUCCCAUCGCCAGGAACCACCCCAACCGCAUCACGGCCCCUCCACGCGCCUCCGGUUAGCGGUGCCGACACUACAGUGGUUUCGUCCCCAGCCCCGAGAGGAACGGGCGUCCCUACGACGACCGGCUCCUUGCCCAAUACUCCGCAGCCUCGCCCCGUGAUAGUCAAUGGCGGUCACCAAAAUCCCCAGGCAUCAUACCCAACGCCGCCCGCGCAGGUAUCAGCCCCGACAAGGUCUCAAUCCCAAGAAGGCCUGUCCUCUCAGGGCGUACUCAGUAUCGAUGCCGCCUUCUUCGAGCAUUCUUUGAAGCGGCUUGAAGCCCUGGGCGACAGAUUAGACCCGCAGGUAGAGCAGCCACGGACCAGAUUAUUGUCCCGGGCAUGCUCCGAGCAAGAUUGUCUCUUUCUCGCCAUUCACCAGGUCUAUUGCCUAUACAGCUACACGCCAGCAGAGCUCGGCCGAAUUCCGGGCUUUUCUAUGCUACAGGCCCAGGGGUUGGGUGUGAUUCAGCAGCUUCUGGUGGACAAUAGUCGCGUGACUCUACACUUCCUUCAUUGGUGCGCGAAUUUUCCGGGGACUUUCAAUAUCCUGGUGCAAAACCCUGUAUAUCGAAGCGCGGCCGAGCGCGCGUUCUAUUGUCUGGGCUUGCUCGCAGAACGCUGGGAUCCCUUCCAACAUAGUUGCCUGACACGCGGCUAUCCCCCUUCUGUUGAGGAGAUCGAGGUUCAUUUGGGUAUUACCUCUCAGGGCUUAGCUUUCACCAUUUUUCUGUCAAUCUGCCGCCGUCUCCCCGCAAAGAGAGAAGAGCAUGAGUUGGGCCGCAUCUGGGAUCAAGAUUUUCACAACUACCAGCGUCGUCUCUCUAUGCCCAUGGCCCAGCGAUCGGCGCAAUUUCAACGGGACAAUACGCAGUUCAUUCGAGAAUACACGGCGUUACCCUUGGCACCACAAGCUGAACAUUCUCCCCACCCGGAUAUUACUACUCCUGUCGGUCCCAGCAGAAAUCCGACAAUGCAUCCAAGCACCAAUUCACCCAUUAGCCCGAGUCUUCUGACUCCUAGUCCUCAAGUUCCCAGUCGCAUAGCCGCCCAAGGGUCAUCUGUUCCCAUCCUUAACCACCCCCAGCCGACCACAGCUCAGGUGCCCACGAAUGUGCGGCCUCAGAGAAUGCAAAGCAUCCCACCUUCGACGGCUUCUCCAUACGCAUCUCCGUACUCCGCAAUGGCGCUGCUCCCAUCUCAGCUUACCCAGACAUUACCCCACGGGGCCACGCCGUCUCCAGUGCAGCCCUCUACACCAGUUCUGGCUCGAAAUCAAGCAGGACAACAGCCUCAGUCUCGGCUAACAAGCCCGGUCUUCACUAUACCAGGGCAAACUCACCAACAUGUGCGAGUCUUGCUCCUUCCUCAAGGACCCGUCCCACCGAGUAAUGCCCGACCUAACCCGACUCGCACUGCGCUUCACCAGGCUCAUCUCCGUGGUCCAUGCAACCGGCUAAUUUCCAAGGCGGAAGGCAAUGAGGUCGAGCUCUUUCAAUACCUGAGUUCAUUUGUGGUGGCUCCAGCUCCAUUGGGCCAAAGACAAUGUGCUUAUAAAUGGAGCUUCCCGUUGUCUACAGCUGCGGUCAACCGUUUUCCGACCCGUGAAACCCGCGGAGUGGGACAUCGCCCGUUACGGACUCUUUUCGACGGCUGUCAAGUAUACCGCUUGCGGUGUAUCAAGGUGGACCCGUCUGCUACGGAGGUAAACGAGGGGAAAUGGAGUGUGGCGGAAACCACCUGGCCCACAGUGUGUUAUCUGUUCGUCAACAAUGUGGAGGUCUUUGCUCGCCGAAAGGUACACCAUGGCAGAGAUCUCCCCUUAGAUAUUACUGAGCAUCUCCGAGAAGGUGAAAAUACGAUCUCCAUGCAUUUUAUUCGUGCUCCGGCCGAAUUCCACGCCAUGACGUAUGCGCUGGCGGUUGAGGUGCUCGAUAUCUCGGGCUUGGACCGGGCCAAAUCUCUCGUACAAACUCUACCAGCUUGGGACUCUCGAGAGAAGAUCCGCAAGCGACUUGCCGCUAAUACCAUCAACGAUGACGAUUUGAGUGUUGUCAGCCAAGACUUGAUCGUUGACCUCGUCGACCCCUUUACUGCUCGGAUAUUCGACGUUCCGGUGCGCGGACAAUUCUGUGGUCACCAAGAAUGUUUCGACCAUGAGACCUGGAUCUUGACAAGGGCCUCCAAGUCCGGUAAACGCGCCCUCAAAGAAGAUUGGAGAUGUCCCAUCUGCGGCCAAGAUGCGCGUCCUCAGAGUUUGGUCAUUGAUGGUUUCCUGGCGGAGGUCCAUGCCGAGCUCACACGUACAAAUCGAUUGGAGGGAGCACGGGCAAUCCAGAUUAAGCCGGACCUGUCGUGGCAGCUCAAGUCCGAGAGUGAUGCGCAGUCGUCCUCCGGCCGAACUGCUGGUAACGGCCAGGGAAAUAACACCGAUAAGCGGAAGCAUCCCCGUGACGGAAUGACUGUCGCCCGAGCCCCUCAGAGGCCCAAGAUUGAACAUCAAUCUCCGGCCGGAAUUACCGUACCUCCUCGUCAAUCAUCCGAAGUCAUUGAGCUCGAUUGA